AUGGAGCCCCAACUUGUAUGCAUUGAAAAACGGCUCUCGGGGACAGAUGUCAGUCGCAACCUAGAAGUACCCAGCCAGGCACGGUUUUUGCCAGAGGCAAAUGGGAUCAUGCUUGUAACUGACCGUGAUGGAAUCAGAUAUGAAUUCAUAGCACCAGUAAGGAAAAGUGGGAGGCGUUCUCUGACUCACCAGUGGAGCGAUUUUGCAGCAGCAAAGGGUCUUCGAGCCAGUGAGUUCAUAAGGAUUAAUUGGUCAGGGAAUGAGAAUCACUAUGUGGUGCAGGUGGGACUGGAAGCCCAUGGACAGCACAUAGUUUGGGAAACACU